ACAGCAAUAAGCCGUUACACAGAUAACACCAUGCUCCCUAUUAUCACGCUGCUACUUUUUUUUAGUUUAACGCUUGCUGAACCAUCAGAGUCUGGACUUAUAUUUAAUUUGGAUAAUGGGGAGCUCUGUCUUCAAAGCGCCCAAUGUAAAAGUAGCUGCUGCCACAGAGAAGAUGGGCUGAGCCUGGCACGUUGUGCCUCCCGAGCAGCCGAGUUUCAGAAAUGCUCUCCUCUGCACCUGUAUGGGGUAUAUUAUUUCUGCCCCUGUGAGAGUGGCCUGAGCUGUGAGGUGGACAGGACCAUUGUGGGAACCAUCACUAACACGGACUAUGGAUUUUGUAAAGACCCCAAUGAACGUGUUAAAUAAAUCUCAGCUUUUCCAAAA